AUGAUAUCCACAAUUAUUUUAUCGUUUGGAAUUUAUGAUAUAUUUUAUCUUUUAAUAACUUUUAUAAUUAUUUAUGUAACUCAUUAUUAUUAUCGAUAUUUUACUCGAUUAAAUCCUUUACCUGGUCCAUUCCCAAUUCCUUUUCUUGGUAACGUUCAUCAAAAAAUUGGAUAUGAAUAUAAUGAUUGGUUGAAAUUAAUGCAUAAAAAAUAUGGAGAUAUAUUUGAAAUAAAUUUUGUAGGACAACGUUCUAUAAUAUUAUGUAGAACAGAAUUUAUUGAAAAUAUGAAUAUACCUACAACAAAAACUAAAUAUCCUUUUAGAUUUCAUAUUACAGAAGGUCUUACAGAAUAUGGUUAUAUUGGUACAGGUUUAGUUAAUAAUAAUGAUCAUAAAUCUUGGAAAUAUAAUCGUCAAUUUUUUAGUCAAGCAAUGAUGACUCCAAGUUUUAAUCAUCAAUCUAUUGAAUGGACUAAUGAAUUAUGGAAUGAAAUGGAAUUUUAUUGGAAUAAACUUGGUGAAGAUUAUGAAUUGGAUUUUAUAAAAUGGAUGCUUAGAUUUACAAAUGAAAUCAUUUUUAAAAUUUCAACUGGAAAAAAAAAUAAUUCUAUUGCUUGUUAUUAUAAUUCUCUUAUUCCUGAAAAUUUUAUUAAUUUAAGUGAAAAUGAAAAUAAAAAAAUUAAAGAUUCUGAAGAUUUUAUUCAUUCAAUUGAAACUUUAGUUGAUGGUUUAAUUUAUUUUGUUAUUUUUAAUAAAUUUAUGAGACGUUAUGUUCCUUUCAUUCGUGGAAAAAUUAAUGGUUUCUUAAAAAAUAGGGAUUAUUUAUUUGAAAGAAUAAGUAAUAUUAUUAAAGAAAGAAAGAUUGAAAUUGAAAAUACACCAUUAGAUCAACCUCUUCGUCAUGAUAUGUUGACAUCUUUUAUAACCGCAAAUACGUCACGUGAUAUUAAUUCCACAAAACAUGGUGAUGUCGAUUUAUUAAGACCGAUGACUGAUAAAGAGAUUUUUGGUAAUAUACUCGAUGCCAUUAAUGGAGGAACUGAUACUACGGCAAAUUUGCUUUGCUUUGUCGUAUAUUAUCUUGGUCAUUAUCCUGAAGUGAAACAACGAUUACGUCAAGAAUUAGAUGAAGUUCUUGGAAAUGAUUUAACGAAACCUAUAAAUUAUAAUAAUAUUGAAAAAUUAUAUUAUUGUGAUGCAGUUAUUAAAGAAGUAUAUCGUCAUUCUCCUAUAACUUUUUUUAUAGGUCGUAUAAAUGUUGAAAAAGAUGAAGUUGGAGGUUUUAAUUGGCCUGAAGGAACUUCUUUUCAUAUACUUUAUUCAGAAAUAAUGAUGUCUAAAGAUUAUUGGACUAAUCCUGAAAAAUUUGAUCCUUAUAGAUUUUAUAAAAUUGAUGAAAAUCAUAAUAAUAAUUAUUUACUUGAAAAACAACAUAUAAAAAAUUCUUUUACUAUAUUUGGUGGUGGUAUUAGAAUUUGUCCUGGUAGAAAAUUAGCUAUGAUAGAAUUAAAAUGUUUAUUAGCUUUAAUUUAUAGAAAAUAUGAUAUUGAAUUGGCUGAUAUUAAUUCUCCUCUUAAAUAUGAAUCUGGUUUAUUUACAACUUGUAAAGAAUUAAUUGUUAAGAUUAAAUCAAGAAAAUUUUAA